CCCCGAAUGCAGCAUAUGUUUCCAAGCGAUUGAGUGAUUUCAGUUGGUGCAUUACCUUCCUUUCCAAAGAUGUCGUUCAACGAUGAUGAGCAAAUUGUUUCCACCGAAAAUCCCGCAGCAGGAGAUCUCGCCGAUGAAUUUAAAGGGGGAAAUGCAAAGCGAAGAAUCAUGAAUGCGCCCACGGCACCACUGAAAGAAUGCAAUUUCAGGGUGCUGCUGGAGCUGACAGGCCAAGCAAAUCUUAACCAUAGAGCCGGGCUGGAUCUAGUCACCGUGUUGGAUGUCAGCGGCAGCAUGCAGGGAGAUAGGAUAGAGAAGCUGAAAAAAGCAAUGGAAUUCGUCGUCAAGAAACUUAGCCCCGUUGAUCGUUUGUCCGUCGUCACAUUCUCUCUAGUCGCGAACCGGUUGUGCCCUUUACGCCAGAUGAAUGAGAGUUCGAAAGUGGACGUUAUAAAGCUGAUCAACAAAAUUGCUGCUGAUGGUGCGACGAAUAUUACUGACGGCCUUCAGAUGGGCUUAAAGGUGCUGAAUGACCGUCAAUUUAAGGAUGGGCGUUCCGUAGGCAUUAUGCUUAUGUCAGAUGGCGAGCAGAACACGGGUGGAGAUGCUGCCCUUGUUCAGGUGUCCGGUGUGCCUGUUUAUACUUUCGGGUUUGGAACCGGAAGCCAGGAUCCUGAGAAAAUGGCUAAUCUGCUGACCGCCAUUGCUAAGAACAGCGGAGAAGGAACGUACUCAGAUGUACAGAAGACAGAUGACUUAGGUCUUGCAUUUGCUAGCUGUUUGGGAGGGCUUCUCACAGUGGCUGUGGAGGAUUUGAGGCUGACUUUUUCACCUGAAAGCAACUCAAUAGUCCAGAGUGUGAGUGCAGGAGACUACCCGCAAUCCAGGGACAAGGAAAAUGAUGUUUUAUCCCCCAUAACUGUUAAAUUUGGUACUCUCUAUGACAAAGAGACACGUAAGGUCAUUGUCGACCUUGCUCUCCCCAAGGUUACAGAGGACAUAUCCUUACAAGUGCUCAGGGUUACUUAUAAGUACAGGAAUGCAUCUGGAAGAGAACUCAGAUACCCUCCUUUAUCAGCGAGAGUAAAACGUACUGCUGAUUUCAAGGACGACGAGGACGGCGAGGAGGACGAGGUGGUAGUCGAAGGCACCCGUGUGGAGACUGCAAAGAUGAUGAAAGACGCGAGAGAGUUGGCUGACAAUAAGAAAAUGGAUGAUGCUAAAAAAGUGCUGGACAACGCCCAGAACAUGCUUGAUAAUGUCCAAGUUGAUGAUACCCGCUUGCUCGAGAUGCUGAAGCGGGAGGUGGGUCAGCUCUUGGAGUAUUUGCAGAAGCCAGACUUGUACAUUAAGCAUGGCCGUUCUUUCGCAUUGUCUUCGGAGCUGUCUCACGAUCGUCAGCGUUUUGCUGCGAGAGGUGACAUUGAGAAGCUGCGCUUGUUUUCCACGCCGCGUAUGGACGCGUACCAGGAACAGGCUAAGACGUUUAUAAAGGAUCCGACUAAGCCCGUGCCCACAGUCGAGGAAGAUGAGAAGAAAGAGAUCGCUGCUGACCCCCUUGGCCCGAUCAAGGGACCUCUUGGUUUCCUACUUGAGCAGAUCUUUGUGGCUGUCAAGGCCAUCGAAAGCUUGGUCACUUCGGGAGGCCGUUAAGUGAGAUUGCCCUCACCAACGGCCUCUUCCCGAAUCUUAUAUCCAUGAUAUGAUUGUCGUGAAGUUUGCAUUUGAAUAAUCCCACUCAGCAGGUUUAGCAUUGACAUUUGUUGCUACGCUUGAGAGACCUGGAGGACGAGUGAUGAGUUGUGUUUGUUUGUGUUUUUUUUUUAUUGGCUUUGAAUGUAACAAGACUGUUUGUGUGAGUGCUUGUAUAUCUCUGCUAUGCUUUUAAGUUUAUUAUUUCGAAUAAAAUUUCUAUUUUCCUAA